CAAUGUAACUGUGUGAUGACAACAAACCUCGACCUUCAAGGUCGCUGCUUGUGACAACCAUAGGCUGACCUUUAUUUUGAAGAACCGGAAGUUCCAGUGUUUUGAUAACGGCUGCGGAAGAAGUGGUCAUUUGGCCGAUUUCUUGUCCAAGCAGUAGUUUCCCAUCACAACCGAUACUAAUUCAACGACAAAUGUAACGUUAACCGUUUCACAGAAAUUCACAAUGGGAUUUACACCGAGACGCUUUCUUGGUGUUAAACCGUCGAAAGCCCUCCUGUUGUUGCCUUUUCUGUUGACAUUCUUGCUCGUCGGGAGCCAAGGCGAGAGCAAUGCGAUGGACAACGUCUCAACUGAGAGGCUGGCUGAGGAAAGCCACCGACAGGACAGUGCCAACCUACUCAUAUUCAUAAUGCUUUUAACACUCACCAUUUUAACUAUAUGGCUGUUCAAACACCGGCGGUUUAGGUUCCUGCACGAAACAGGACUAGCCAUGAUCUAUGGCCUGUUGGUGGGUGUGAUCCUGCGGUUUGGCAUCCAUGUGCCCCAGAACAUGAGUGACGUGAUUCUCAGCUGUGCUGUCAACGCCAGUCCCGCUACUCUGCUGGUCAACGUUAGUGGGCGAUUCUACGAGUACACUCUGAAGGGGGAAGUCAGCCGGGGCAAAGGUCUUCAAGUGCAGGACGAUGAGAUGCUGAGAAAGGUGACCUUUGACCCAGAAGUGUUUUUUAACAUUUUGCUGCCUCCCAUCAUCUUCCACGCUGGUUACAGCCUGAAAAGGAGACAUUUCUUCAGAAACAUCGGCUCCAUCUUGGCCUAUGCUUUCAUGGGAACAGUUAUAUCCUGCUUUGUUAUUGGGCUGAUUAUGUAUGGCUUUGUGUCCUUCAUGAAAGUUGUAGGCCAGCUUGGGGGAGAUUUUUUCUUUACUGACUGCCUCUUAUUUGGGGCCAUCAUUUCAGCAACAGACCCAGUGACAGUGCUGGCUAUCUUCAAUGAGCUAAAAGUAGAUGUGGACCUGUAUGCUUUACUCUUUGGGGAGAGUGUCCUCAAUGAUGCAGUGGCCAUCAUCCUUUCUUCUGUUCUCCUCCGCUUGGAGAAACAGGGUGGGCAGGGGGCUGGAGCUGUGCACUCCCCAGGAGACGAUGGCCCAGUCUGGGCAGAGGGGGCGGAGGAAUGGCUGGUAGAAAACCAGACAUGGACUCCCCGCUCCAUUGCGGCAUACCAGCCUGCAGGAGACAACAGCCACAGCUUUGAGGCUAUGGCCAUGUUGAAAUCCUUCGGCAUCUUCCUGGGCGUCUUUAGUGGAUCCUUUGCUCUUGGGGUGGCCACUGGAGUCAUGACUGCUCUUGUGACCAAGUUCACUAAGCUGAGGGACUUCCCCUUGCUAGAGACGGCUCUCUUCUUCCUUAUGUCUUGGAGCACCUUCCUAUUGGCUGAGGCCUGCGGGUUCACAGGCGUAGUGGCCGUGCUGUUCUGUGGGAUCACUCAGGCUCACUACACCUUCAACAAUCUCUCCCCUGACUCUCAGGACAGGACCAAACAGUUGUUUGAGCUGCUGAACUUCCUGGCAGAGAACUUCAUCUUCUCCUACAUGGGUCUGACUCUCUUCUCCUUCCAGUCACACGUCUUCAACCCUAUGUUCAUCAUCGGGGCCUUUGUGGCGGUGUUUCUGGGCAGGGCUGCAAACAUCUACCCUUUGUCCUUCCUGCUCAACCUGGGCCGCAAGAACAAGAUUGGAUACAACUUUCAGCAUGUCAUGAUGUUUGCAGGUCUGCGUGGGGCGAUGACCUUUGCUCUUUCUAUCCGAGACACAGCGACUUACGCCCGUCAGAUGAUGUUUUCAACCACCCUCCUAAUUGUCUUCUUCACUGUCUGGAUCUGUGGAGGGGGCACCACGCCCAUGCUGACCUUCAUGAGCAUACCGGUGGGUGUGGAUGCUAAUCAAGACAACUCUAGUUCAGCGAUGUUGGAUGGGUCACAGCGGAGGAACACCAAACAUGAGAGCGCCUGGCCCUUCAGGAUCUGGUAUAACUUUGACCACAACUACCUGAAGCCCCUCCUGACCCACAGUGGCCCUCCUCUGACUGCUACUCUGCCUACUUGUUGUGGGCCACUGGCACGAUGCCUCACCAGCCCACAGGCCUAUGAGAACGAAGGCCGGCUCCACGACGAUGACUCCGACUUCAUCCUGAACGAUGCCAGCGUGAGCUCCAUGUUCGCUGACGUCACCAUCAGCACGGACGCAUCUGGAUCCCGCACCGUCAACCGCUCCUCCAGCACCAGGGGCGGCCCGUCUGAUGAAGGUCUGGAUCAUGAGCUCGCCUUGGGGGAACAUGAAGUGGCGAUCAGGGGCACCCGCCUGGUCCUGGAUGACCCAGUGGAGCCCCCGACCACUGUCACCCUGCCCCCGCCACCCUCCCCGCCACGCUCGGAACCUCGCAGGCACAGACUGUAGGAAUGCUUACACUGUCUGGGUGAAGUUUGUUGUCAUCUUAAAAAAAUCACAAAUCAUCUAAUUUGAUUUCUCAAGAAAAUAGCAUCUGAUAGUUGAUUUGUUUGGAUUUUUGAUUGAAAAACAAACUGCUUCACAUGAAAGUCGCCAUGUUGGUGGGACCACCUGUCUACCAUGUUUUUAAAAUAGCCUCAGCUUUGUGACAAACUUGAGGCGCGCUUGAUUUAACUCACUAUUUACGUGGAUAACUGUAAUCUUGAAUGUCAAUGCACUACAUGUGAGGUAAGGUACUGUAAAUCAAGUGCACCUCACUACAUUUAGCCACCAUUUGGGGAAGCUAAAAAAAAUGGGUCUGUAAUAUUUGCUCCUAAGUUAGUUUUACUGUUAUCUAUGCUCUAUUAAAGCUCCAACUCCCUCCGGCCUUAUGGGGCGAUCCCUAAACGUUUCAUUUGCAGUUUGUCCUUAUGUCUGUGCUGAAGUUGCUCAUGAAGACAAGACAUGUAUUUGUCUAGCUUCCUUCAAGUAUUUGUAAAUGACCCACAGUAUCGUUUAGGGCAGUUCACAGGCACUCUAAAACCUUGCUCUGGUGCCACUUGUUAAUAUUUAGUCAUGUUAAAGAGCAUUUACACUACAGCAACAUUACUAAUCUUACUUCUCUAUCCACAGACUGAUAAGUGUUUGCCUCCCUCUCAAAGCUGAUGAUGGAGAAGGUUAAAUGAGUAAUUGGGUACUGUGAUUGUCCAAUGUGGGAUCAACUAGACAAGGGCAUUGACAUCUGUGAUGGAAGCAGUAUUAGGAGUUUUGAAUUUUAAAAGAAACAAAUGUUUUUUCAACAGGAUUGUAAGUAGAUACUGUUCGGCCAAAAACCUCUAACUGCUUUCACAACAGAGUCCAGGAGCGUCUCUGCUAUCUUACAUUUUUGCACUGCCUGCCUCUUCUCUUCCGGAUCAGUCUUUUCACUUAGUCAUUUAUUUAUUUAUUUAUUUAACCGGAAAUUAUUAUUUAUACAUGAGUGAUUUUUUUGGUUUAUUUAUUUAUUGUUUUGUGCUGUGACAUUAAUGAUUAUCUUGCCCUGUUCAAAAAUAGGGCUGCUCAGUGGUGAAGGGGGCAUGUUAUGCACCUUUCUCCUAACUAAACACUACGACUCUUAAGGUACAUUGUACGGUAUGUGGGUCAUGAGGGAGGUCGAUAUUCGUUCGGAAAGUUUGUUCUUGACCAUGUGUGCAUGUUAAAAUAUCUUGUUUGUGUUCUGUAGCAGAUCAUUCUACUUUAUACUUGGAAACUAGAGCUUCCCUGUGUGAGUAUGUUACAAGUGUGUGUGUGGCUGAUGUCAGAAUGAAAUUGUCCAAAUCUACUGAUGUGGUAAUUAGGGCUAAUGUCUGUUUCUGAGUUUUCUGUUGUCAUCUGGUUUAAUCUUUUUGCUAAAAAAAAAGAAAAAAAAAAGUAACGGUCUUUGGGAUGUUGUAUCAUCAAAGAUGACUGAGGGCUGGCUGAACUGUUUUGACUUAAAGUGCCUAUUCAGAAAUUAAAUGACAAUGUAGAUUUGUACAUAUUUGGAUUGGCUAAUGUGCAGUAAGAUUAUCUUUCUUGCUUUUUAUGUGACACUGAACCCUUUGACUAAUGUUGAAUAUUGUAUUCCAAGUAUAAUUAGGCCAUUAAAUGACUGCCUGUCUAUGGUGGAGAUCACAAAAGAGUGCAAACUAAAACAUUGUACUUUUAAUAAUGAGAAAUACGUACCACUAAUGUUUUAUUGGAUAGAAUUGUUUUUGGAAAAUGUAUACUUUUAUCAAAAGGUAAAUGUGGCAUUUUAAAAUGAAACUAUUGGGGACUAAAUUAGAAAGCUUUAAGAACCUGGCAACCUUUUUUUCUGCUUUUUAUUUGCCAAUAAGGUCAAAUGACAGGGGGCUUUCGCUGACUUUUACUGAUGCGCUGUUAGUCCUUUUUGUUACUUGUUUGUCAACCAAGCUUGUAUGUUCUGUUCCCACCUCAGUGAGAGAUAUUUUGCACUGAGGCAACUCCUUAGUUAACCCUUGUUUGUUCUGUUUUCUGCUGGGUGAUUUUUAUGAUCGAGGUAGAAAUUAAUUGCUGGUAAAAAUCCCAUUUUCAAAUGUUUGUUUUAACUGUGUCAAACUGCACGAGUUGUCUUUUUGAUCUUCAAGCGUAAUUCUUAAUGUGAGUUUUGACUUUGUGCAUAAUCAUCCAGAAUUAUGGACAGGUGAAUUUACAUCGGUUUCUUUCACUAAGGUACCCUUUGAUUUUCAGCUACCGCAACUAAAACUAAAAAUCGGAACAUGUUUAUGUUUCUACUGUUUGUAGAAACUGCUCAUGACAGGUGUAUUUGUGAACGGUACACCUGCAAUAGGUCUAUAUGUGAAUGUUUUUCAAAUGUGAACUCAAGUUGAGAAGGAAAUCUCAGAUUUAAAAGAUUGUUCCCUGUGUCUUCCUGAAGUUAUUAACAGUGUCUCAGACAUCUUGCAAAUGUACUGAAGAAAAAAAUAAAAACAAUUCUUGAAAAU